CAACACGACGUAUCUUUUUGAAACCGGAAGACAGACUGUUUCUGUUUGCAUCUAAUUGUCUCUGUGGGCUUAUUCCUUUUAAGCGGAAAGAUGCUGUCCAUAUUCAAGUCCAUUCCUUCGCACAUGGACUAUAAAGGCCAGAAACUGGCUGAACAGAUUUUCCAAGGAAUUAUACUCAUCUCGGCGGUGAUCGGAUUCGUGUAUGGUCUGAUCAUUGAACAGUUUGGGUGGACAGUGUACAUCGUCUUGGCUGGUUUUGCUGUGUCCUGUGUGUUGACCCUGCCUCCCUGGCCCAUGUACAGAAGGAAUCCUCUGUCCUGGCAGCCAGUUAUACCAGAGACCAGCGGGGAGUCCAGCCAAAAACCUCAGGAAACUCUCAAGAAGAAGAAGCACAAAUAACUCACAAUGUUUUGCUGCCUGACUGUACAUACAUCCUUUAUAUCAAAAAAAAAAAAUCUGUUUUGUCUUACAGUUCACAUUUGGGAAGAAAACAUGGUUACAUUGUUUGUCAGUCAGUAAUGAAAUACUUGUGUCCAAGAAAUAAACAUCUGAUACGCUGUUUUAUAAA